AUGAAUAUAAAUAAGAAGCUCGACCGUGUUAAGCAAUGGGCCGGCGAGAAGAUGGGCGCUGAGGCAAAAACGAAUGUAUCCGAUCAAUUUAAGGGCUUGGAGUGUGAAAUGAACCUCCGACACGAUGGAAUGGAAAAGCUUCACAAGUCAAUGACAAUUUACGUCAAAAACCUCUCGACCCGCAAUGAAGGAGACGAUAAAGAGAAGAAGCUACCUGUCGGAUACUUGGGGCAGGCCAUGAUUCAGCACGGCGAGGAAUUUGAACCUGACUCUGAAUUUGGAAAUUGUUUAAUCAGCAUGGGUCGUACUAAUGAACGAAUCGCAAGGUUUCAGGAAAGUUUCAUAUCUAGUGCGACAACAGGAUGGCUUGAGAGUCUCGAACGCUCUCUGGCCAUGAUGAAAGAGUAUCAGCAGACGGCACGAAAAAAACUAGAGAACCGCCGGCUUGCAUAUGAUGCCUCACUUUCAAAGAUGCAGAAAUCAAAAAAGGAAGACUUUCGUGUUGAGGAAGAGCUACGAUCUCAAAAGGCCAAGUACGAAGAAUCGAGUGAAGAUGUAAUGAGGCGCAUGCAGGACAUUAAAGAAGCAGAAGCCGAUAGCCUAGUUGACCUUGGGCAAUUUGUCGAUGCCGAGCUAGAAUAUUAUGAUAGAUGUCGCGAUGAACUGCUUAGAUUAAAAAGAGAUUGGCCUUCAGGGCAAUCACCCUCCACACCACGAGACUCUAGAAGACCAGCGCCGAGAUCGCGUUCUAACACAACAACUGCGCAUGUUUACAGCGAACGCCAUGCAAAUCAUGAUGAACAACCAUCGACACCUGAGCCUGAACCCCGUCCGUCUAUCCGGUCGCGUGGACGCGUUUCAUCUGCCUCCCGCCAAGACAAUCCGCGACUAAAUCACAAUGAUGAAUUUCUUUCUGCUGAAGAGAACUUGAAACCCCAAGGUGGUCGCCCUAGUCUCUACAAUAGCGCAUCUACCAACUCGCACCGCGAAUCUACACCACUGUCAGGUCUUCGGCAAAAUUCAGACGUGGCAGCACUCCGUGCAGGACUUCGUCCUACCAGUCGUACUAAUACUGACCGCCAGGACGUUUUCGGCGAUCCUUCUGAUGAGUCAGCUACACAAAAUUAUAGUCCCGAACGAUCACACAGGGAGAGAUCCGUCAGUCCUGCGACCUCACAUGAUAGUGUUGCGAGUAAAUCACAUAAUAUAAAUUAUAUGACAAGAAGUAACACAAUCAGUGGCCGCAAGGGGCCUCCUCCGCCACCUCCUAAUAGAGCUAAGAAGCCACCUCCACCACCUCCGACGAAGAGGGCAGAUAUUUUUGUUUCUAGUCAACGACAUUAG